AUGUCGGACACUACGCAAAGGGCCACCGUCGCCGCCGGUUGCUUCUGGGGCGUGGAACACCUAUUUCGCAAAAACUUCGGCAAUGGAAAGGGUCUUCUAGAUGCCAAAGUAGGUUACUGUGGUGGAUCUACGGCGGCCCCGUCAUAUCGAGCUGUGUGCACAGGAGACACAGGCCAUGCUGAGGCGGUCGACAUGACGUUUAAUCCCAAUAUUGUUAGCUACCGGUCUCUUCUGGAGUUCUUCUUCCGCAUGCACGACGCCACCACCAUGAACAGACAGGGACCCGAUGUCGGAACGCAGUACCGCAGUGUUAUCUUCACGCAUAACGAGGAACAAGAACAGAUCGCCAAAGCUGUGACGGAGAAGGUGAGCCGGGAGUGGUUCAAGCAACCCGUUUCCACACAGGUUAUACCUGCAGCUCAAUGGUGGGACGCGGAGGAGUACACCAGCUCUAUCUGGACAAGAACCCGGGGGGUUAUGAAUGCCCUGCCCACUUCGUGA